AUGAUGUUCCUUUAUUCUUUCUUCUAUAACCUCGCCCUUUCACCUCUAAUCGUUUCCUACACGGUGGAGAUCCUUCCAUUCGCGAUCCGUGCUAAAGGCUUCACGCUCUUCAACUUCGCUAUCUCGCUUUCGUUGAUUUUAAAUCAAUAUGUGAACCCAAUCGCAUUUAAAGCCCUUGGAUGGAAAUACUUCCUUGUCUACGUCUCUUGGGUCUUUUUCGAGCUGGUCUUCUGUUAUCUGUUUAUCAUCGAGACCAAGAAUAGGAGCUUGGAGGAGACGGCCGUCCUAUUCGACGGAAACGACGCCGUAAAGACGCUAGCCGAGAAGGCCGCUCUUCAAGCAGGCAUCCUCAAGCAGGACAAUCGUCGCCCCGAAGAAAUUUCAGUCGCCAAACCCAGUUCUGAGAAGGAAGGAGUUCAACGUAUAAAUUGA